GUACGUGCUAUAAUAAUCUCGUGAGCGAGAAAAACUCCAAUAACUUUUAGGCAGACAACACCUAGAUUUAAACCACCGCCUGUCUCAGUUUGGGAGAAUCGUCAAUCUAGUCAAAACCUCGUCAACGGUGUGAAAGACUGACAAAUAGACGGCGGUGUUGCAAAACCACAGAGAUUGACCCAACAACAGCAAACAAACAAGGAAAUGUGGACGGAAGACGACAGUAGAGUUAACCAUUGAAUGUGAAAUAAUUUGGAAGAUUUGCCGGAUCUUCAUCAAACACACACACAGUAAACCAGAUUAAAGUGGAUUGUCUGGUGUUGGCUGACUGAUUGUCAUAGAUAGGCCUACUGGUUGUUGUGAUCAAGGGCACACAUGGCCCAUACAGUGCAGGGCCACCAGAGAGCACUGCCCCAGGCUGCAGUUCUGUCUCUCCCUCCCUCCAGCCAUGCUAAAAGAUUGACAGUGUUGGACACCCUGCUAUGUGGAGCGUCCGCGGGUGCUGUGGCCAAAACAUUCAUAGCCCCCCUGGACAGAACCAAGAUCAUCUUCCAAGUAUCCUCACAAAAAUUCUCUGCUAAGGAAGCUUUCAGACUCAUAUAUUGUACGUACAUGAAAGAUGGCUUCCUCAGCCUGUGGAGGGGCAACUCUGCCACCAUGGUGCGGGUCAUCCCCUACGCUGCCAUCCAGUUCUGCUCCCAUGACCAGUACAAGGGAAUACUGGGGAGAUACUACGGCUUCCAGGGAAAAGCCCUGCCUCCUUUUCCACGUUUCCUGGCAGGAUCAUUGGCUGGCACCACGGCGGUCAUGCUCACCUAUCCCCUGGACAUGGUGCGGGCCAGGAUGGCGGUGACGCCCAGGCAAAUGUACAGCAACAUCAUGCACGUUUUUGUGCGCAUCAUGCAGGAGGAGGGCAUAAAGACCCUAUACAGAGGCUUCUGCCCGACCAUCUUGGGAGUGAUCCCGUACUCAGGAAUCACCUUCUUCACAUACGAGACCCUCAAGAAACUGCAUGCAGAGAGAACUAGGCGGUCCCAGCCGUACUCUUACGAGCGUUUGGCGUUCGGUGCGUGCGCCGGCCUGAUCGGCCAGUCGGCCUCUUACCCUCUGGACAUGGUUCGCCGACGCAUGCAGACGGCCGGGGUGACGGGCCAACAGUACGGCAGCGUCCUGGGCACCAUGAAGACGAUCAUGGUGCAGGAAGGGGGGGUGCGUGGACUCUACAAGGGCCUCAGUAUGAACUGGAUCAAAGGGCCAAUCGCUGUGGGGGUCAGCUUCACCACCUUUGACCUUAUGCACAACCUCCUGCACAAGAUGCACCAGCUAGGAUACUUCACAUACUGAGCCAGCAGGGGGAGCCAGAGGAGAAGCUCACUGUUGGGACCAGUCAUUCGCUCACAGGGACUAGCACGGGCGCAACUUUCACUGGGGACAGGGGUACAUGCCCCCCCCCCCCCCCAUUCUGAAAUUGCAUGUUUGUCCCCCCGAGUUUUAUCAUUGGAUUGUGAUACAAAAUGAGGCAACGGUGUGCUUUAGGACCAUGUGGACGCCUCCGAGCGGUCGGGUAGGCUGUUUGGAGUGUUUUUCUGACUGGAUUCUUUUUUAAGUACAAAAAAUAUGCCCCCCGCACUUCUAAAACCAAAGUUGUGCCCCUGGGGACUAGAACGGCAAUAAUAUACCAGAUCUGUCUACUCACAAUAUGGAUCCUCUCAGUAGGCCUAGGCACUCUACAUGUCAAAUAGGAAUUCUAAGGAGAGGGUGGUACUGGACAGACAGGAGGAGGCAGAAGCUGUCAGUUUAUUUAAACGCACAUCCGUAUUAAGCACGCACAGCCAGACCCCCACUCCUGCUGUAAACGCACAGCCAGACCCCCACUCCUGCUGUAAACGCACAGCCAGACCCCCACUCCUGCUGUAAACGCACAGCCAGACCCCCACUCCUGCUGUUGAUGGAUGGAGUGUCUGCGCUAGGGCCAAAAUAAGUGUCCUCAAACUGGGUAGAUGUGUGCAGAUGUUUGCAGUAUGAGAGGUAUGACAAUGUGAAAGAUUUUUUGUUUCGAGGCCUGAUCUUUGUUUGAGAUUGGGGUAUUAUGUUGGCAAGGGCACAUUUUAAAGGCCCAACGCAGCUGUUUUUAUAUCAAUAUCAAAUCAUUUGGGUAACAAUUGAGUACCUUAAUGUAAUAUAUUUUCUAUCAUAAUGGCCAAAUAUUGCUUUUUAGCAAAAAAAUAUUUCUCAAGAAGAAGUUUGCUAGGAAUGUCUGUUAGUGUUCUGAGUGGGGAGGGGAAAACUGAAAACUAACUGUUAUUGGCAGAGAGGUUUGGAACUGUCGUUGUUAUUAUUGGUCUAUUAACUAAUUUACUGCAUGUUGAGUUGAGCAUGGAAAGCCAAAACCCCCGCCCAUGCAAACCUGCUGAUUAGAAUUUCCUCUGUAGAUUAUGGCUGGUUGGUAAACAUUCAGAAAAUAACACUGAUCACAUUUUCACACUUCUAUAGUGUUAGUUUCAUCAGCUGUUGUACAAUAAAACACAGGAAAAACAGAACUGUACUUGAAAUAAAAUAUAUUUUUUCGUAACAGUAUCUCUAUUUGUCCAUAAGGUGGAGCCAAGUG